ACAAGAAAUGCGUUUGGCCUUCUUGGUUGGUGUUGCCUCCCCAUUUGUCCCUCAGUUGCAGGUCUUCCUUUCCAAUUAAGAUUCCUUUGCUUAACCCUUGACCCCACUCUUUCCUCCAUUGACCACAAACCCCAGUCCCCAUCUGCGUCUUGUUCUCUUCUUCUGAACCUAAACCCCUCCUGGUUAUAAGUUCUUCUCCAUCUCUUUCUGUGUGAGUUUGUGUGUGUGUGUAUGCAUGAGAGAGACAGAGAGAUAGCGAGAGUGGGGGAAAUUCCAUUUUGGGAGUUCACAGGCUGCACCAAGGGGAGUACCAAAUGGCAUCGUCGUCUUCAUCAUCACCAUCAUCUUUAAUAACAACAACAACGACAUCUUCUUCCUCAUCAUCAAACCCUAACUCCCCAUGUGCUGCUUGCAAAUUCUUGAGGAGGAAAUGCAUCCAAGGAUGCACUUUUGCACCGUACUUCCCUCCAGAAGAGCCCCAGAAGUUUGCUAAUGUUCACAAGAUCUUCGGCGCAAGCAACGUAAGCAAGCUGUUGAAUGAAUUGAUGCCUCAUCAAAGAGAAGAUGCAGUGAAUUCUCUUGCCUAUGAGGCUGAAGCGAGGAUGAAGGAUCCCGUCUAUGGUUGCGUUGGUGCCAUCUCCGUGCUUCAAAGGCAAGUUCACCAGUUGCAGAAGGAAUUAGAUGCAGCCAACGCCGACCUCAUGCGCUACGCUUGCAUACCAACUGAAAUCCCCAGAGCCAUACCUUCACCAUCCAUGGCAGCCGCGCUUCCUAUGGCACAGUCCAGGAGUAGGCACACUGAUCUUGCAAGGAUGAUUGCAAAUGGGAGCCCCAAUUACCAAGCUUCUUAUUAUCCACCGCCAUAUGCAUCUUGGAGAAGCACCAGAGAUGGCAGUGGAAGAGACAUGACCUUGUGAAGCAAUGAAGAGAGGGAUAGCCUAUGGAGGUCUGCCAUUUUCUCUGCACAGAUUCAGUUGCCUGAAAAUGCCCGAAAUAUUUGUAAAGCUUGCACAUAGCCACCAUUAAUAGCUUAUUGCUUUCAUGGUCAUUUUCUAUUGAAUGUCAUGGUAUUUAUGUAACA